GCGGGGCGGCGCAUCCCGGUCGGGUUUGUCGCUCGGACUCCAGCGCGUGAUGCUCGACCCCCACUCGUGACGCGGAACAAUGGUGGACAACCGCUACGCCACGGCGCUGGUGAUCGCCUGCGUGCUCAGCCUCCUGGCCACCGUGUAUCUGUGCGUGGGCGCGGGCACGCAGCACUGGUACCAGUACAGCAGCCCGCCGGUGCGCGGCGAGGCCAACGCGUCCGAGCUGCGCGGCCUCUACGACGAGUUCAUGGACGGCGAGUUCGACGAGAAGACGUACAGCGACACUUUGUUCCGACUCAACGGCAGCGUGGGCCUGUGGUGGCGCUGCGUGCUCGCGCCCGCCGCCCCGGCUCCGCACUGGUACAAGGAAGCAGGUGCCAAGAUGGCGUUGAGGUGCAGAAGCUUCAGCGUGCAGCAGCAGCUCACCCCCAAAUACAAGGAACCCGGAAACCACAACAGCGGGGAGGACAUCCUGCGCACAUACUUGUGGCGAUUCCAGUUCCUCCUGCCCCUCGUUGCUUUGGGCCUGGAGGUCUUGGCGGGUCUGAUCGGGUUCUGCGCCUGCCUCUGCCGAAGUCUCGCGCCCACGCUCGCCAUUGGCGUACUUCACCUGUUAACGGCUCUGUGCUCUUUAGCAACGGUGUGUUGCUACCUGGCGGGGACGGACCUGCUCCACAGGGUCUCGGUGCUUCCCAACAAGGUGGACGGCUCCCUGGGCUGGUCCCUGUACUUGGCCCUCAUGUCCUCACCCCUCCACAUGAUGGCGGCCGCGCUGCUGGUGUGGGCGGCGCGCAGCCACGGCCGCAACUACUACCGCAUGGCCGCGUACCGCGUGGCCUAACCGGCGGGACUACGCAACCUUUGACCCCACGAGUCCAAACGGAGUGACCCCUCGUUGUUGAUUUUCAACAGCAUUUGGUUGAACGGGUAUCAUACCAGCCGCAAUGUUGAGACGCACUAUGAUGACAUCACAAAUGUCACGAUGUUACGGGUCAAUUAAUAUAUUCUGGAGUACAAGGGCCACAUUGGAAAAAAGUACACCAAAUAAACGACUAAAAUAAUUUUAUUAAAAAUUUUUUUUUUAAAUUAUUAUUACGUGUAUUAUUAGUUUUAUUAUUUAUUUCCUGCUAAAACAGUAAAUCUGAUGAGAAUAUUCCUUUUUUACUCGAUAAAAGAAAUGUAUAUUUCCAAAAUAGAUGUAGUGUUACAAGAAUAAAGUGACUUUUUCAUGAGAGAAAAAAUUAUUUGAUGAAAUUUUAUGAGAAUAGUAAUAGCUUGGUUAAAAAAAAAAAGAUGUUAAGUUAUAUUUCUUCUGACAGGAAAAAAAUAGUCCAAAUGUGAUUUUUUUUCAUGAGAAAAAAGGACAUAAGAUUUGAUGACUGAAGUUUUAUUUUUCUCAUGGGGGGGGGGAGCUGUGAUCUUAUUUGAUUAGUCGUAUUAUUAAAAACAUAUUUUUUUUUUAAAUUGUAAUUGUUGCAAGAGGGGAAAAAAAGACUGUUCCGGGAAUAAAGUUGUAUUUUUCUCAUGAAAAAAGUCAAGCCGAUGAGAAGAUGGAUAUUUUUCGACAAAAAAAGGCGUAACAUAAGAACAGUAAUAUUUCAACAAAAUGAAGAAUGAAGUCGCAUUUUUAGUUUGUAAAAUGUCAGCAUCCAAUCAGAAAAAAAAUAUGUAAAAUAAAAAAGUGGUAUUAUUGAGGAAAUGCAUUGUGUUAUAAAGGGAAGUGUCUUCAUUUGGCGAAAAGUCAAAAUCCUACAAGAAUGAAACGACUGAACGAAAAAAGCAACAACGAAAUCAAGUUACCAGAAUAAAGUUGUAUUUUUUAAGAAAAACACUCUUUGGGGGGGGGGGGGAGCACAGUGUUGUGAAUAAAGUGGGGGGAAAAAAACGUAUUGCUGAAUUUAGGUGCACACAUGGGAAAUCCUGCCUUUUUAUUCUUUGGAUUUUUGUCUUUUCAGAGCAGCCCGAGCUGUUUGCUACACAAUUUGCAACUGUACAUUACUUUGUGAACCAAGUUGGUAUCUAUUCAUUGUUUUUGAAUGUUUUUUUUCUUACAAUUUUGUCAGUAUUAGUCCUCGGUUUAACUUGUGCUCCUUUGUGUUUUUUUUCUCAGUUCCAUAUUUCCCAUUUUCGUUUUGCUCUUCCACAAUUGGUGUCAACGCGCUGAACUCAACUACUUUGCUGCCAGCGAAUAUAUUGAAUGGACAGCACAUUAUGAAUGUACGCUCAUGGCCAUAUUGCGAUACAGCUGCUGCUCGAUUAUUUUUAAAAGGUGCGGGUUGUAGCGGAGUAGUUGUUUUU